CGGAGGCGGCGGAGGAGGAGGCGGAGGAGGAGACGCGGCGGUGGCUGCUUCGGCGGCGGCGGCGGCAUCGAGGAGAAACGACGCGGCGGUCGUUGGCGUCGGCGUGGGGAACCCCGGAGGCGAGAGACGUGGAAGCAACGCGACGAGGUGCGCGUGUCGAGCGCCAUGGCGCGCAAGUGCGUGAGGAGGCACAGGCCGGCGGUGGUGGCCGCCGUGACGGCGCUGCUGCUGCUGCAGACCCUGGCACUCUGGAGCUUCGGCGGCCUCGACGACAGAGACUCGGCGGCGGCUGCCGCGGCCGACAAGGCGGCGGUGGCGGUGGCGAGGCCGGCGCGGGCGGCCGCGGACGGCGCGAGGGACGCGCGGUUUGGAGGCGGCGGCUCCGAGGCUGAGGCGGUGGCGCCGCGCGGACCCCGCGCGCCCGUCCAGCGGCAGCAGCAGCAGCAGCUCGGGGGGGUCGGGGAGCGGAGAGGCCGCGAGGGAAAAAAUAGAAUAAGGGAAUUCCCGAAGAAAAUUGACAGUAACAAUGAGAACUCUGUUCCAAAGGACUUUGACAGUAUAGACAACAGCAACCUGGUGCACAGCAAGCUGUACCAAACAUCCAAAGACGCAGGCAAGGAGAGCAGCAAGUCACUGAAGCUGUUCCCGCUCAGCUGGCACAGCUCGGAGAUAGCCAGCAGCCGCAGCGCCACGGACGUCCGAGCGACGAGCAACAGAGUGGGCGACGCCCGGGCCGAGGAGGCCUCGCACCGCGACGACGCCGACUAUGUGCCCAAGUGCGAGAUCGCUGGCAAGGAGGCGCUGUCGGCGCUGUCGCGAGCACGCAGCGCCCAGUGCAAGCAGGAGAUCGCCGACGUGGUGUGCCUACACCAGGAGGGGAAACUCAUGCCCGAGUCGCUGCCUCGAUUCUGUCCCAUCGAAGGCAAACCGGUGCAGAACAUCGCGUGGAGCGACGAGGUGGCCCUCGGACUGGUUCCGCCGAACCCCGUGCGCAUCGUCUUCGUGCUGGUGGUGCACGGCCGUGCGAUCCGCCAGCUCACGCGCAUGCUCAAGGCCAUCUACCACCGCGACCAUUACUACUACAUUCACGUUGACAAGCGUUCCAACUACCUGCAGCGCCAGGUGCUGCAGGUAGCAGAGCGCUACCCGAAUGUGCGCGUCACCCCGUGGCGCAUGGCCACCAUCUGGGGCGGUGCCAGCCUGCUCACCAUGUAUCUGCGCACCAUGAAGGACCUCCUGGACAUGACCGACUGGGCCUGGGAUUUCUUCAUUAACCUCAGCGCCACCGACUACCCAAUCCGAACAAAUGAUCAGCUGGUGGCAUUCCUCACGAAAUACAGAGACAAAAAUUUCCUCAAAUCCCAUGGCCGAGACAACAAUAGGUUUGUGAAAAAACAGGGUCUCGACAGGAUAUUCUACGAGUGCGACACGCACAUGUGGCGCCUGGGCGACCGCAAGAUACCCGAUGGCAUCGUGGUAGACGGCGGCUCGGACUGGUUCGCCCUCAAUCGGCCCUUUGUGGAGUACGUGAUGCGCUCCCAGGGAGAGCUGGUGUCGGAGCUCAAGCGCUUCUACGCCUACACCCUCCUGCCUGCCGAGUCAUUCUACCACACGGUGCUGGAAAACAGUGAACACUGUGGCAGCCUUGUGGACAAUAAUCUGCGCAUCACCAACUGGAACCGUAAACUCGGCUGCAAGUGCCAGUACAAGCACAUUGUUGACUGGUGUGGCUGCUCGCCCAACGACUUCAAGCCUCAGGAUUUCCACCGUUUCCAGCAAAUGGCCCGGCCGACGUUCUUUGCACGGAAGUUCGAGUCGGCGGUGAACCAAGAGGUGAUCGAGCAACUGGACUCGUAUCUGUACGGCAGCUACCCCAGCGGCACGCCGUCCAUCAAGGCUUACUGGGAGAAUGUGUUUGACGAGCCGGACGGCGUGGAGAGCCUCAGUGAUGUGACUCUCACAGCAUAUCACUCGUUCAUGCGACUGGGUCUGCAGCGAACGGCCAUGAGCUGGCACAACCAUCAGGAUGACGCUUGCCGAUACGAGCCAGUGGGCCACCCUAUCUCUGUGCACGUGUACUUCCAUGCGGAUCACUUCCAGGGCUACCUUGUGCAGCAGAAGGCUCAGAACUUGGGCACGGGCCGCUUGGAGACACUGGAGGCCUGGCUGAUGCCACGCAAGGUCUUCAGCGCGCUCGACAUGCCUUCUGAUCCCGCGAGGCUGCUCAACCUUGAGAUAAGCACAGACUGGGACCCCAAGGAGCGCAUCUUCCGCAACUUUGGCGGGCUGAUGGGUCCGUUCGACGAACCGAUCGCCCUGCAGAAGUGGAGUCGCGGUGCCAACACCACCGCCACCGUGGUGUGGGUGGACCCGACCAACGUCAUCGCCGCCACCUACGACAUCCUCGUCGAGACGGACGCGGACUACACGAGCUACAAGCCGCCGCUUAACCUGCCCCUGAGACCUGGCGUGUGGACGGUGAAGGUGCUGCAUCAGUGGGCGCCGGUGGCCGAGACCAAGUUUCUGGUCACUCCGCUCCUGUUCAACAACAAGCAGCCCAUUCGCAGAGACGAGGUGCUGCAGGCCCACAGCGGGCCUCCGAACAACAUGUACCUGGAGCAGAGCUUCCAGGGCCUCAUGGGGCUGCUCAGCGUGCCCGAGAGGACCGACCUGGCCGAGGAGGCUCGCCAGCACGCGGGCCUCACCGGCGCCGCGCUGCGCGAGUGGACGGACGCGCUCGUCUCUGAGCUGUGGUCGGCUGUGGACACGUGCUCGCUGGGCGCCCCGGGGUGCCCGGCCAUACAGGCCUGCGCCCUGUCAAACUGGAGCUCGCUCUACCCCGACCCCAAGUCCGACCUGGGGUCCGUGAAGCCCGAUGGCAGGCUGAGGUAGCGCCUAAGUGCGGGGGCUUGUCUGCCGGUGUGGCUCGUCUCGUCUCGCUCUCUCCUCUCUCUCUCUCUUCAGAAGCCCAAACGUUUGAAGCAAAAGGUGUCGGGAAGAUUGUUGUGGGGGGUAAAAUUUGUUUUUAUUGCAACCCAUGCUUGGUUGGCCAUUGCUGCACUAAGUUGCUUGGCGAUGUCACUUUGCCGACUUUUGAUUUGUGUACGGGGGGGGGGGGAGUGGAGGUGAAGGGAGGGUUGCCACAGUAAUGUGCUGGAGCUGAACAGGUUCACGUGUGCUGGGCUCUGCCAGCCUCUUAAACAUUACAGUUAUGUUGCACUUUAAGGUAUGAUAUUGUGAAUAGUUUAUAAUGGAGCAGGGCUCCAAGGCCACCCGAGUCUUUUUUUCUCCCCCCUUUCCCUACGACCAAAAUAAUGUCAUCACUCGCUGCACGAAGGGCCACGAUCAAAGGGUUAUAGCAGUUAAACGCUCUGAAAGGUCACUCCGAUAUUGUUCUCAAGUUACACUAAACUACCUCUAUUCUAGUAUUCGGGGGUUCAACAAGCGCACAGGUGAGUUAGAAGGGGGUGGUGAGUGUUACAUCUCCUCUGUCGUAUAUCUCAUUGAAGUCACAUUGCGCAUAUUAAACUUGCAGUGGCCUUUUAGGAGUUGUUUUUCAGAAAAAAAUUAAUGACUAAUGACCGAUUAUUGCUAUUUUAAAUUUGUAUUAUUGUCUUAAAGAGUUGCUUUACAUUUCACAUCAUCAUCAUGUCGACAGAUUUGUAAGUCAAGAUGAUGAAAAAUGAAAAUUUGAAGGCUUUCUGAUACAGCACUCUCUUUUAACUGGUUCACUAAUCUAUCCACGCUGCCUGGGUAGUGCAAGUACUAAUAUUUGCACAUAACCUUACAGCACAACUUGGAGAAGUGUACACAAAUGAUACGUUAGUAUUAACUAUGAGUUAGGGGGUCCUUCAAGAAGCGCGAUCUUGGCUAAUGUUUUAAAUAUGGCCCCAGAUUAUUUUGACGAAAUAACUUACCAACCACAGUUUAUUCAAACAACACAGAAGUUUGCUUUGGCGAUGUGCUGGCUGCCACGCGUUUGCACAUGAGGAGUGUUGGUGCCUUCCAGUUGGGAUGAUCACGUACCCAGUUAUACACUCCACCCUCCGGAGGCACUGACCUUGCUCUGCGUGGCUUCUGCCGCACUACUGCAACCUUUCAGCUUGGAUAAGAAAGCAGCAAGGACAGUACUAUUAAGACAAUAAUACUUAGCGUCUGUUAUUGUUGCUGAAACAUUCCACCAGCAUUUUAUUUCCAUUUUGAUGGAAAAUUUAUUUGCGGAAAUACGGAGUCCAUAUUUAAUGAGUUGGCCCCCCGCGGCACUUGGAGAUAAUGUUUGUAGCACAAACGCCCAACUUUGAAUGCCAUCGGUUUGUUGGACGAGUUCAGCAAGUGGACAAAUUAAAACAUAUGAACGCCGACAAGAUGUGAGCGAAUGGUAACAACAACAACAAAAAAACUGCACGUUGAAUUGAACCGAGCGUGUUUUUAAUCGGAAGACUUGAGCCAAAGUAGUGGACCUUACUUGGGUGUUACCUCUGGAAGCCUCCUUGAAGAAGCGAGUAUGCAUUGUUUCUUUGCAUAUUUGGUUAUAAAAAAAAAAAUACAAUAUACGGAACGAUUGAAAUAUGUGGGGUGGCGGCGAGGCAGGGUUCUUUUCGUUCGAUGGGUAUCAUUGCGUAAUGACGAGUGACUUUUUCUUCUUAAAUAAUAUGCAGUUGAAUCCCUAAGCUGUUGGUGUUAGGCUUGCGCUGGUGCGGAGAUCGUGCGCCGAUAAUGGGUGUUAAACCCGCGGCUACGGGGAAGGGCAGCGUCCGUCUAGGUAUUUACUUCAGUUUUACAGUGCAGCCAACGGUAUUCCAGUUGCUCGCAGUGUUUUACUGUUUGCUUAGCACAGGGUUUUGAAUGCAGCUGUUGGGACUUCAGAUGGCGGAUAUGUAUUUUAAGAAGCUUAAUUUUUUCCCCGCCCCCCCCCCCUCUCCGAGCCAAAACAGGAUAUUGGUGUAACUAAUAUUUCUUUAGUUUCAUGAAAAUGAAAUAAAGAAAAGGAACAAGGAAAAUAAUUGGAUGAAAUCCAGCUGAACGUUACAUAAUGUCCAGAAGCUGAUAUUUAUUUUCUAACAAAGAGCGGUGUGCAAGACCCGAGUGCUUGACUAUGCAAACCGCAUUGCGGCACGCGCAGUGAGCCGGCGAGACUCGGUGGUGGCCGGGACUCGCAGUGAGCCGGCGAGACGCGGUGGUGGGCGGCACGCGCAGUGAGCCGGCGAGACUCGGUGGUGGCCGGGACUCGCAGUGAGCCGGCGAGACGCGGUGGUGGGCGGCACGCGCCGCGGUGAGCGCGAGAGACUCGGUUGGAGGGCUGGCGAUCUCUCCUUGGGGCCCCCCGACUGCACAGUGUGACGGCACUGGUGGUGGAGCUCGUCUUUACUUUAUCUCUGUUGAAUAUGAACAAAGUGGCCAUAUUUUUUGGUUCAAAGAUGUAAAACGGGCAAAUUGGCUUAAGGGAUAGUUUAUUUUCUUCUUUUCCUCCUCCUCCUCCUCGUGAAUCUUUGCGAAUAUUUUUUUUUCCUCCACCGGAGGAAAAUGUGUGCGACCGGUUUUCUUGCCGUUCUUAGAUCUUCGGCGGAGUUGGGCCUGUGGUGAUAUACGCGUAUGCUUGCGUGUGUGCGUGUUAAAGCUAAUCAUCUGGCCUAAUCCUUACCCCAAAGCAGCACGCAUUUAGGUAACACGAGGAGGGGAGAAUGUGGGGGGGGGGGGGGGGGUAAAAAAGUAACAGAUGUUUCUAUAUGCAAAUGUGUUAAUUGGGCUUUUGUUUCAAACUCGGUGUGUCUUGAAAGACUGGGGCGUUGCGUUUGGACGUGUUUUGUAUCGCGUGUACAGUUUCCUGCCGCUAAAACUAAACCCCUUGCUAAAUGAAUACAAGUGCCAUGCGUCCUACACAAAAAAAUGUAUUUUUUAAUAAAAACAACAAAAAAUCCAUUUCUAUUUUGUAAAAAAAAAUCAUAUUUUGUUUAGUAGGUCUAGUUUGGUUGACGUAUGAAUUAAAAGUGUAAAUAAAACCCAUUUCAAUCAGUGCAUAUAUUGAAGUUACGUGUACAGAGUUUGUUUUUGGGUUAUUAAAAUUGCAUCGUGUACAUUCUGCGUGUUUAGGAAAAUAAACAUUUCAACAAGUCCCCCCUUGCCAGCAUGGUUCCGAGACCUCUCCGUGGAUAAGUUAUUGCAGUUUUGUAAUCCACAUUCGUAACUGGAAUGUGUUCCAUAGGAUGAUUGCUGUGGCAUUACCAAUAUUAUGUUUCCAGUGUACAAUUGUUGCUUACGUAGCAGUGUCUCAUGAACCUGUUUUUUUAAAUACAAUGUACAUUUGUUCUUCAGGAACAAACGGAAGCACUUUAUUUGCUUAAAAAAACAACUUUGCAAUUUGUAAAAUAUUUUGUCAGAGGUUGAGUUGAGGGCAAAUAAAGAUGUCAACGCGGAA